GAUACCUGUAGACAACAGCAAAAGGACUCGAAGGUCUUGUAAAUAUCUAUUUGAACUACCCUUACAAUUAAUUGAAGGAAUCAACAAAAAGACAUGGGCUACGAACUAUUUGCUUAUGCUAUUGUUGUAGCACUGAUGGCCAUUUAUGUAUAUAACAAUGAAAGAAGAAUGGCGGAAAUGUUCUAUAAACUUGAUCAAACAGCAUUGGCAAACAUUGAACAGAAGCAUAAGUUUGAACUGCUGGAAAUUGAAAUCAGAAACAAUUUAAUGAUUUCCAACCUACAAAAAGAGAUUAAUGAUAUCAGAGAACUGGCUCAGCAAAAGCAGCAGAAAUUAGAUUCACUUAAUGAAAAAAUGGUAGACAUUGAAAAGAAAAAUGAGAUGAAACUGCAAUAUACUGAAAACAGAAACAAUUUAACGAUUUCCAAUCUACAAAAACAGAUUAGUGAUAUGACAGAAUUAGGUAAAUAUUAA